UCUCUGGCGUCCCGGUCGGAGAGAGACAGCGGACACAGACUUAACAUUUCUGAAGAAGAUUUCAAAGACAAGCAGCGAUGGUUUGGAGUGAAAACCCGGUCCGGCCGGUUCUGCUGACUCCUUUUUACUGAACACAGGCGGAAAACGCGAGCUGAGCGGCCGCGGCUGAGCUGACAGGCUUCGACGUUGUGACCCAAAAGCUUGUGCUUCAGCUAUCUUCCCUGGCUCCGCCGUUUUGAAAAUGGAGGAGCCUCAUGUUCACUGCGUUUCGUGCGUGAGCCGGCGAUGCAUGGUCAAGCCCGAGCCUGGCAUUUCUUGUGACCUCCUUGGUUGCCCACUGGUCUGUGGCGCCGUUUUCCACGGCUGUAAGGCUGUUGAGCACCAGCUGCUGUGUCCAUUAGAGAGGGUUCCGUGCCUCAACCACAGCAUUGGCUGCCCUUUCACGUUGGCUCGGGGCAAGAUGGCUGAGCACCUUGAGGUAUGUCCUGCUGGAGUGGUUUGUUGCACAAUGGAGUGGAAUAGGUGGCCGGUGAAUGAUGAGGAUUACCGCUCCUAUGAAAGAUUGAGUCGAGAUGCGGAUGAGGAAGAGCAGCUAGACAUGGCUCUGGCUUUGCAGGACCAGCGCACUAUGUUGGCCUCACUUAAACUCGUCUCUCUAGCACCUACUAAUGGCCCUGGGAAAAAGGCACAGCCUGUGGAGAACUUUGAAAAGCCUAGUUUACAGACAGACGGUCCAGUUCCCACUCCACCAACUGAGCGGCCUGUGGAUGAGGCGUCUGCAGCAUGCUGCUCAAAAGACAAAAUCAGCAAUGGAAUUAAUGGAUUGAAUGAGGAACGUUAUGGUGAGCUUUACCAAACCACAGUAGAGACAACCAAAAGCCUAGCUGCAGCCCUCAAUGUCCUAAUCCACCUCAAUGCCUCAGACACACAGUGUUCCACCACAAGUGUGUCAGCAGCGCAGUCAGAAUUAAAUGGAGAGUUACAUAAAGCACUUGUUACGAAAGAAGAUUCCGGGUCCAACUGUGAUAAAAUAGCAAAUGGGGUUAGCGGUUUGAAUGAGGAGUUGCAGCCUCAGCGACAUCAAACCUUAAUGGAACUGGGCAGAAGCUUGGCCUCUGCCCUUGGCGCGCUAGGGGACACCGUCAAAGGCACUGAACCAAUCAGCAGCUCCAAAGUCAACAAGACGAACAGUGAGAUCAACCAGCCAGAAACUGCAGAGUCAGCAGACAUCGAAAUGGAGGAUGCUACGUCUGAAGCGGAGGCCAUGUUUGGGGCAGUUGGUGGAAUUGAUGAUGGAGGCAUUAGUGAAGAGUUUUCUCAAGAGUCUUCAGGGCAUUUGCUCAGGCUGGAUGAUGCAGAUGAGCGGAGCUUGUGUAACAACUGUCACAGUGCUGUAGCAGCUACAGCGGAAUCACAGGAGAAUACCUUGGAAGCGGCUGAGGUGGACCAUAAGUGCCCGGAGGCCAGUGGUUCGUUGGAGUUUGUUGGUCCAUUAAUUCCCCACAGAGCACAGGUAAGAUAUGAUCUAGCCCCUGUUGCUGUGCAGGAAGCAUCAGGAUCCCAGGCUCCAUUACUGCAGCCACCUGUCCAUGCCCAGGCACUGGUUAUUCCCAGGGACUUUGCACUGCCUUCCAUGGCAUUAGACUUUGAAGACAGGGCUUUUGAGAGGAAACUCCAAAACCUUCAGUUGCUGCGUAACUUUAUGCCGCUCGCACUUAACGGACGGAGGAGUUGUCCUGUGGACAGCUUCCCACACAGACCUCCUCGCUGCAAAAUGGAAGACAAAGCUGUAGAUACAUCCGACCUGGAGCAGGAGCCUCGGGAUGACCCCAUGGGGCUUGGAGAGAUUGAUUUCACGGCCGCUGCCCUGCUCUUCUGCCUGGAGGAGUCCCCCCGGGCCCGGAGGAUAUCAGACACUGUCUAUGCUUUUGGCGGUUCACGGGUCGAUUUCGGUACCCAGACAUUCAGCUUCCCUGCUGCGAUCUUGGCCACCAGCACAAUGGUCGGAGAGGUGGCAUCAGCCUCUGCGUGUGACCGAGCUGCACCCCGCCUCUCACAGCCCAGCCCCUUCUGCACUCUGCGGCUGGACCUGACGCUGGAGCAGCUGGUGCCCCGACCCAGCUGGGCCCCGCGUGAAGGUUCCAUGUUCACCUUUGAGUGCGGCCAACUCUUCCGCCGGGAAGAGUUCCUCUCACACUUCCGCAACGUCCAUGGAGACAUCCACUCGGGCCUGAAUGGCUGGAUGGAGCACCGCUGUCCGCUGGCCUACUAUGGCUGCACCUACUCGCAGCGCAGGUUCUGCCCUACCACUCAUGGGUCAAAGGUCGUUCACGACCGCCACCUCAGGUCAUUUGGGGUGCAGCCCGUGACGGAUGUGGUGGUGGAGCCUGGGUGCGACCGACUGAGUGGACUGCCCUUUGAGAUUCUCCAGCAUGUAGCACGGUUCCUGGAUGGCUUCAGCCUCUGCCAGCUGUCCAUGGUGUCCCGCACCAUGAGGGACGUGUGUGCCAGUCUCUUGCAGACACGGGGCAUGGUGGUGGUACAGUGGGAGAAGAGGCAAUACCCAGACGGAAGGAGAACCUGGCAGAUAAAAGACAAGGUGUGGCGGUUCAGUACGGCCUUCAGUCCGGUGACUAGGUGGGAAUUUGCGGACAUUUCCAGCAUGGCGGACCACCUGAAGCACUGCCCGUAUAACGAGGUCCACCGGCAGGUGGAGGCGGUGCCACUGCCCUGCAUGUGCACGACCAGGGAGCUCACCCGGGAUGGACGGUCUCUACGCUCCGUCCUCAAACCAGUAUUAUAACAAACGAAACACUUAACACCAGAACGCAAGAGCUAAAACACUACCUUACCUAACCUCUUUAAUCAGUACUAUCUAUCACUGUGUACAUAAGACGAAAUAUUUUUUGCUUUGAUGUUAAGAUUAUUUUUUAUAUAUAUAUUCAGUACAUAAAUUGAAGGUUGAUUCCAGGUUGUGUGUUUAAAGUUUUAAGGUCGGACACAUUUUUCUCGCAGAAGUGUACGUUCACAUCCAGAGCUGUUCUGCAAGAGGGCUGACACUGAAGUGAGGAAAAUGUUGGACAAAAACGACUUAACUGAGUGGAAUUAAAUGAAGAGCCUUAAUCGGUGCACUUGAUUUAUUUAACUCGCCACACUAGGGUAAUCCCAGUAAUCUUUCACACUUAGGUCUUCCAGUGCUCCAAUCAAGUGCACGUCUACAUUAUAUUACAUCUGCAUGCUUCGGUUUAUGGGACAGUACCCUAACAGGAUAAGUCGUCUUUUCUGGAACGAGUGCUAACCUGGCUAACGCUGACUGAAACAUCAUGAAGAUGCUUCGGUAUAGGGUUAACUUGCCCCUACCAGCUUUCAUUCAUUAUUAGCAGCGCUAGCAAAUCUGGAGGUGUUCCCGUGAGGAUCUCAGAAUAGUGUUGAUCCUCAAUAAAUGUUCCUUUUCAGUCUGUGAGUUUGAGGUUAUGGAGAAGGCAGGAAGCUGAUCCCAAAUCAAAACACAUAUCUAUUCAUUACAGAUAAAGGUCAUGAGUAAAGGUGCUGUUCCAGGAUCAGGCUUUGGCGGUCAUAUCAAUGAAUAUGACUGUGGAUAAGCUGAAGCUGAUCCUAAAUGAGUACUUUUGGAUAAAAUAUCAUAAACAUAAACAUAAAGUGUUUUCUGAUCAUCGGAAAACACCAAAACGCGAACCGGUUUUACAGUAUGAGCUCAUAUCUAAGUGUGUUGGCCAUAUAUAUAUAUUUUUGUUUUGUUGUUGUUUUUUUUUGGUGUAGCAAAAGUUACACCCAGCACUUUACCGAACUCUGCCACUGGCAAAGACUCUCCGUCUUCAGGCAAUAGAACAUUGGGUUGCACUUUUAAACAGGCACUUCACAAGCACUUAGUAACACAUUUGUAAAGACAUAUGUAGCACUUUCCGAAACAUUUAACGUUUACAUUCAAAAAGGCUUGCAAGCACAGGUUUUAGCUCCGUGUGCAUGUCAUGAAAGAAAAUGUUUGCGUUUGUUAUUGUCUGAAAGCUUUACAUAUGUGCAGCAGAUGUGUUAUGAAGUAAAAAUCUGGGCCCCAGUGCAGUGAUUUUCUGUCCCAGUCCUGAGAACCUGACUGCAUUUUUUUUUUUUCUCUUCCUACCCUUACAAUUCUGGUUUAAGGGAAUACUCCAGUGUUUUUCAGGCUAAUCUUCAGCAGCUGUAUCCUUGUGUGGUUAAUUACCACAGAUGAUCAUUUACACAUGUUUCCCUCUACUUCAGAAAAGAACAGAAAACCUGUUGAGGUAUAAUAGAAGCCAGGCACUGAAGCAACUUCUCAUUUGGGUUUUCUGUUUCUUUCUAAGUACAAGGAAAAUUAUCAUCAGUUUUGAUUGAAUGUUCGUCAGGCCUGGCAUUAGGGGAUCACUUAGUGGGGCAGUGCCCCACCACCAAAUCAUCAGGCCCUGCCGAGCUCACUGUUUUGUACAGGUAACACUAAACUUUGGACACCCAGUUUUUAAGGCCACACUGAUUAACAGAGGGUUUGAACGCAUCACUUAGUAUUUUAGGGAUGAGCUGCAUGUUGUAGGUGUAUCUGGUGACUUGUAAAUGCAGCUCUUCUGUGGAUUCUGUCCUGAAUGUGUGGCUCUUGGGACAGACCUGCCAUGUAUUUCUGCCUUUCUGCUGCAUGGAUGCACUGCUACCCCACCCCGGCCCCCUUCAAUUCAGGUUAAAAAACAACGGAGUAUUCCUUUAACUCAUGUAAUGACCAAGUUGUCAACCCUUCAUGAGCUGAAUCAGGUUUGAUAGAGCAAGGAAAACACAAUGUGCAGUGCAUGGUAUGGGAUGUGGAUUGCAAACCACUGAGCUAGCCUGCUACCCAAAGCCAUGUUUUUAUUUGUGUCUGUAUAAUCCCAAUGAAGGCCUUACCAAGUGUUUUGUGUACGCAACUGUCACAUGCUGCUGCUGCUGCUGAAGACGAAGGAAGACGCCUUUUGCCUGAUCAAGUGUGCUGGCUGAAUGGAUUAAGCAGAAUGAUAUCCAGGAGACAAAAGCCAGGACAUGAUGUAGGCUGGAGAUGCAUGUGGUUUUUGGUUGUGUUAAAUAAAAAGAUAUUUUAUGAUCUUUGACAAGA